AUGGCCACACUUAGACGCCGAUCUGAGCCACAGCCGCCGAGCCAUGAAAGUGCAGCCGAGCGCCAGGAGCUUUUUAACCGCAUAGCACCUGUCUAUGAUAAACUGAAUGACUUGUUUAGCUUGGGAUUGCAUAGAUUGUGGAAAAAGUGGUCUAUUGCAUGGAGCGGGGCAAAAGAAGGAGACAAGGUGCUGGACGUGUGUUGUGGCAGUGGGGAUUUGAGUUUUCUGUUGUCCCUCAAAGUCGGGAUCGACGGCAAGGUCAUUGCUCUGGAUUUCUCAAAGGAGCUAUUAGAGAUUGCGGCAUCUCGCCAGCACGAGUGGUCCAAGUCGAAACCGUGCUACGAAAACAUCGAGUGGAUUCAUGGAGAUGCAGUUGCUUUACCGUUCCCCGACUCGAGUUUUGAUGCUGCCACCAUCAGCUAUGGGUUGAGAAAUGUGGUGGAUAGGAAAAAGGCUCUCGAGGAGAUGGUUCGGGUUUUGAAACCCGGUGCCAAGUUAUCCGUUCUUGACUUCAACAAAAGCACUAAUCGGCUGACCUCUAAAAUCCAGGAUUGGAUGAUCGACUAUAUAGUGGUUCCAGUGGCGACCUGGUAUGGGCUUGCAAGCGAGUAUAGAUACUUGAAGAAUUCAAUCAAGGAGUACCUCACAGGGAAAGAGUUGGAGAAGUUAGCUUUGGAAGCAGGCUUCUCUGAGGCUAAGCACUAUGAGAUUGCUUGUGGAUCCAUGGGGAAUUUGGUCGCCACACGCUAG